GACAGACAGUCCGAUUGCCUCUUCUCCGGACGUAAUUCGGCGAGCCACUCCCUCGAGUUGUAUGUAUCCAGCUUAAUGCAAUAAUGGCAUGAACCAGACCCAAACGAUCGUUUAUUUCCUGAUUCUGAAAGUCCGGGUUUAAUCCUUUCGUAUCGCGCGUAUCAUUAUUUCCUUCUUAGACGGUUGCAUUUUUCCACACCACCACCACCAGAUCAAUCAACCACCCACGCCACCCACCAUGUCCUCAUCCCUCUCCGCCGCGCUGGAGAAAAUCCACCUCCACGACCCCGCCAACCAAAUAAAGAGCGAUCAGAAAAAGCCACGCGCGCGGCAACGACAACGCCGACGACAAGAACCCCUGACGCCGUUCCGGUUCUUCGACCUGCCGGGGGAAAUCCGGCUCCGAAUCUACGGCUACGUGCUGUUCACGCCGCGGCGGCGACAAACCACGCGGUUCACCGGCAGCGUGGGCGCCUCCAGCAAGCGGAACCCAUUCAUAUCACCGACGUCGCACCGGCUCGCGCUCUUCCUGACCUCGAAGCGCAUGCACGAAGAAGCCUCGGACCACUUCUUCUCGAUGCAGACGUUCCGCCUCUUCCCGCUGCAGGACUACUCGCGCAUGCCGACGAUCCGGGCCAUCGCGCCGACAUACCGGCGGUCGAUCGCGGCCAUCGAGCUGAUCCUGGGGUCGAGCUGGACGGCGCCGCCGGCGUCGUGGACGGUGGACCGCAGUCUCGGGCUGGAGGACAUGGUGCGGGUGCGCACGUUCAAGCUGUUUAUCGAGGUGGAUCCGUCGCAUCCGGUCUUCGAGGGGUUCCGGGUGUCCGAGGGGUUUUAUACGGAUUUUGCCGGGGAGCUGUUGCAGAAGGUGCUGGCGGCGGUGCCGGCGUUGGAGUUCGUCGAGUUUGAUGGGUGGCCAUCUGUGCGGAAGAGCGGGGCGUUGAUGAAGAGGUUGUUGCAGGAGGUGAGGGCCGCGGGGAAGAAGAUUGCGUGGGGGCCCGAACGGGGCUGGACGGAUUAUGAUGGCGAGGAGGAUUGUGAUGAUCCGCAUGGCUUGAGGGAGCAGGAGGAGCGCAUGAAGCAGCAUCAGCUGGAGCGGGAGCGGAGAGAGCAGCGGGAACGCGAGUGGGCGCGUGUGCAGGCUGCUUCCCUGCCUCUGCCUCUGCCUCUGCCGCAGGCGCAGGCGCUGCCCUGGCUGGAUUUAUGAUGAUUGGCAUGAUGAUGUGAACAUGAUUUGCGGGCUUUGAAAGGGGGAGUAGACUUUGGACAUAUAUUAUCAUAUAGAUGCAUAUAGAUUGUUUGCUUAGAAU